AUACCCGACCGAAUUUCAGCAGUAACUGAAACUGCUUGUGACACCGCAGAAUCCCGAAUUCACAUUGCUUCGCAACAGAGGAAUUUUUAUAAAAACCUCAGACCGAACUUUAUAAUUUUUUCCGAACUGAUGUGUUCUGGACAAGUAAAUGUGGAUACUAUUCUCAGUCAAAACUCGCCAAACCAGCUCAAGUCACCCCUGGCUCAGAGCACAGCUGGACCCAGUAGUCCAACUUGCACUGUGAACAGUCCAGUAGCGAGUAUGAGCGGUACUACCAUGGAUCAUUGGUCUGCCACUCUGUUGGCAGCACAAGCCUUGGUGCGCACCAAAAAGGUUUUUAUUGGGGGAGUCGCCACCGGAACAACAGCUGAAGAACUGGAGACAUUCUUCAGCGAGUUCGGAAAAGUGGAAACAUGUGAGCUGAUGAUGGAUAAGUCUACCAACAGACAUCGGGGUUUUGGUUUUGUUACCUUUGAAAGUGAAGUCGCUGCCGAGAAAGUAUGCAACAUACACUACCAUGAACUGAACGGGAAAAUGGUUGAAGCGAAAAAGGCUCUUCCAAAAGAGGUCCUAAGUUCCAGUAACGCCCUGGUUAAACAAAGAGGCCUACUUCAGAACCAGCUGGGCGCUUAUUAUCCAAACCGACUUGCUAUCUCCAGCAGCCCGGAAGGCGUAUCUGAUUCGGCCGCCAAUGCUGCAGCUACCAUCGCGGCUGCAGCGCUGGUUUCCAGACAGCAGCAACAGCAACAGCAACAACAGCAGCAAUACCUCUCACAACACCUUCUCGGUCCCGGCCCAGCCAUUGUAUCAUUGGCCUACGCAUCC